CUCUCUCUCUCUCUCUCUCUCUCUCUCUCUCUCUCUCUCUCUCUCUCCAUCCAUGGCCGAUUCAAAACAAGCCAACCUAAAUGGAGCCUACUAUGGCCCACCCAUCCCUCCCAAACGAGACUAUCACCGGCCUGGUCGAUCGAGUGGAUGCUGCUGCGGCCCAUGCUGCAUACUAAGCGCCUUGUUCAAGCUCAUCUUCACCAUCCUCGUCGUCCUUGGCAUAGCUGCCCUCGUUAUCUGGCUUGUUCUCCGCCCUUCAAAGGUGAAAGUGCAUGUCGAGAGCGCCACACUUACUCAGUUCAACCUCACUAACAGCAAUAAUCUCUAUUACAACCUUUCUCUAGACAUAGAGAUAAGGAACCCCAACAAGCGAAUUGGCAUUUACUACGAUAAGCUCGAAGCUAACGCUUACUACGAAGGACAGCGGUUUGAUUACGUGCCUCUGCCAACUUUCUAUCAAGGCCAUAAGAACACAACCAAUCUCUAUCCAGUUUUCACCGGGCAAGCUGCUAUUCCGUUCCAGAGUUCUGAUGUUGAGGUUUUCAAUAGGGAGAAUGGGGACGGGUUUUUCUCCAUUAAGGUUAAGAUCUAUGCAAGGAUUAGGUUUAAGAUUGGAUCAAUCAAGACUAAUCGCUACAAGCCGGAUUUCGAGUGCGAGUUGAGGGUCCCUUUAACGACGAGCGGCAGCUCCUCUGCUGUCGGAUUUACUAGGACGAAGUGCGACAUCGAUUUCUGAUCAGUGUUCCAUUAGCCCUUCUAUUCAUUUUUAU